AAGCCCCUUCUUUUCUCUGUGGCCAUUCUUCUCUCUCCGAAUCAGCCGCCGCCACGCCUUGACCACCAUGGCAUGGCUGAGCCGCGUGAGAGGAGUUUCUCCGGUAUCAAGGCUCGUCGCGCCUCCACGAUCUUUCGGAUCAGCGGCCGCCUUGGAGUUCGACUACGACUCCGAUGACGACUACUUGUACGGCGAUGAUCGCCGUUUCGCGGAGCCGAGACUUGGUUUGGAUGGAUCGGGGCCAGAUAGAGGAGUGCAGUGGGUGCUUAUGGGCGCCCCCGGAGAUUGGAGGCACGUCUUCGCCCAGAGGCUCUCCAAGCUUCUUGAAGUUCCUCACAUCUCCAUGGGAUCCCUUGUCCGUCAAGAACUUAACCCUAGAUCUUCUCUCUACCGGGAGAUUGCAAGUGCUGUAAACGAACGAAAGCUUGUUCCAAAGAGCGUAGUCUUUGCUUUGCUAUCAAAGAGGCUCGAGGAAGGAUACGUUAAAGGGGAAACAGGUUUCAUUCUUGAUGGCAUUCCCCGCACUCGUUUUCAAGCUGAAACUCUUGAUCAAAUCGCUCAGAUUGACCUCGUUGUGAAUCUCAAAUGCUCUGAGGAAUCUCAAAAUGUCCAAGUGAACCGAAAUGUUCUUAAUGAAACAGUUCUGCCUCGUCAAGAUUUCCUCGGCUCUAUGUUUCACUCACCUGUUGCUAUCAAACCUCAGAGGGAGUGUCUCGAUGUCUAUGCACAGGAGGUGAAGCCCCUAGAAGACUACUACAGGAAGCAGAGCAAACUUCUAGACUUUCAUGUUGGCACUGCCACAUCAGCUGAAACAUGGCAGGGCUUGUUGGCAGCUUUACAUCUCAAGCAGGUGAAUUUGACGACCUCACAUAAACUGACUGUGUGAUGAUGACAACAGUCAAUAUCGCUAAGGCUAGAAUUAUAUCCUUUUGAGCCUUGCUUUACAAAAUUUUGAUCUUUCUCCUUCAUUUUAUGGGUCUUCUUUUGGGUUGUCUAAUAUUUUUUGUUUUAAUUUCUGUAAUGCAAAGUCUUGUGAGAGAUUCAAAGUGACGAGAAUGUACACUGAAGCUUGUAAUGAGUCUAUACGGAGCAAUUCUUUUUUGUCUUUUGAUAAGUA